CACAAUUUUCACGUGGUUUUAACUGCAUACGGACCACAACAAGUUGAAUUAAGAAACUUUCCUCCUUCAGAAAUUAGACAUGGUGCGUAUUUACAUUUUUUUCCCUGCUUAGAACUUUAUGCUACAAUUCACAACUCUCGCUAUUCACUACGAUCGAGUUAAUACUCCGAUUUUGCUGAGUUCUGCUGUAGGUUUGCAAACGUGUCACUAUGUUUUAUUUUAACCAAUAGCCAAAGGAAGGAAAAGCCAAGUUGCAUUGCAAGAAAGUUGUACAUCCAAACUCUAGAAAAGCUACAAAGUUAUGAGGCAAGCACACAGAGAUGAGAAACUUCAAAGGUGCGAUGAAUAUUUAAGUUUCUGUUGUCGUUUCAAGUUCCCAAUCCAGUUUGAAUUUAAUUUUUGGAAAGAUUUCCUUGUAACUCCAUAUAUACUAUUCUGGGAUAAAAUCUUAAUCUCGUAGGUAAUCCAUUUUUCGCCAUUAUUUGCCUUUAUCAAAGAACUGAUUCACUUUGUAUCGCAGUCAUCUCAUAUACAAAACUGAAACAGAGAAAAACAUUGCUAAAACUGGAUUGAAAAUAUUGUGUAAACCUGAGUAUAAAUGCAAACUAACCGCAUUCAGCAUUUUUGAGAAAAGUCGACGGAAAAAAGGGAACAAGUGCACUUGACAGUCUCAAAAGGUAAUCUGGAUAUCUGAUAAUCGAUGAAUUUGAAUAAGUCCAAAAAAUAGGCAAAUCCAUCAAACCUGCUAUGCCUCGUUCUUACCUUGACAUUUUCAUAGAUUACCCUGAAAUCCAGAGGUUUAGGAACUGUAACCUGAAAGCUACGCACAAUACCUUUCGGGGUUGUUAUGAGCACUUUUAUACUUUUUUUUUUCCAACAACCUUUUUCAAAAUAGCUGUAUAGUGUCCAAAAGUUGUUUCCAAACAUCUGCAGCCGAUUUUCAGAAGUCCUUUCCACCAAUCACUUUUCUUGUUGCCAUUUGAUUGUAUUUAGGAAGAAGACUGAGAGGAACUAUCAUCUUCAAAUAAAAGGUACAGUUCUGAGAUGCUAAACUGAAAAUUCUACACUGCUUUUAUCUGAUUAUAGACUAAAAUCCAACACCAGGCAUUUUAUUGUACCAGUUCCAGUAAGGUUAUCAUCAUGAGAGUGGUAACCUUAUUCAACCAUUGACUUCUGUAAGCAUGCUGGCCAUGCCAAUUCACCUAAUCAAUUUUGUUGGUUGGUUUUUAAAAAAGAUGUGUAACAUCCAGAUUAAUGAAUUUUGUAGAGAACUAAGGCAAUGGGUGCACUUGGCGAAUGCUUACUUAUUCAACCACUGAUAUAUUCAACAUGUCAGAUAUGAGUGGUUUCAUAUGAAGAUUGUGAUCAUUGGCAGAAAUUUCCCACUGGGAGGACACAAAGAUGAUUUUUAUCAUUCCAGCAGUAAGAGUGAAAAUGGAGUAGUGUAUUGUCUGCUUCAGAUCUAUGGCAGAGCAGUCUGGAAACUUUGUCAAAGUCCCCAUUCUCCAGUUUUGCCUUUUUAAAGCUUAUCCUUUAUUUUUUUUCAGUUGGAGAAAAGUUCAGAUGGUUUUUCGAGAACAUAAAUCAUGAUAAAACAGAGUAUUCGAGUUCUGAAGUGUGUGAACUCAUUGAGAGGUGGGUUACUGUCUUACAAGUGCAUUACUUUAUUCAUACCUGAUUCGUGAUUUUGGCAAGAAAGUAUUUCACAGGGUUUUAUUCUUUGUAAUUUCAUUACUUAGAAAAUGUGAAAAAAGGGCUGUGAAUUUUGCAAUUCAAACAUUUGUAACUUUACCUUAUUUUUCAAAAUGUGUAAGCUUUUGAUGCCUGCACAAAAUUUGUACAAAUCUAAAGAUUAAAAUAAAGAUGAUAGCUAGAUUCUCUACUAUGUAACUAUGUGAAAUGUUUUCAGAUGAAUGUCAUUUCACAAUAGAAGAUACAAAAUAGAACUUAUCCGUAGACGGAUUAAUAAUUUUUUGAUACAUAUACCGUAUAUUUUGUCGAUAUUAUAUACUGAAUUUUCUACAGGGAAUUAAAUUUUGCAGGUCUUCAAUUUUGCUUAGAUGAGCACCUGCUAUCUGCUGGCCAGACUAGCUGAAAUGUUUAUUUUAAGAAUGAAAAUAAUGAAGAUUGCUUUUGUUGUUUAGCAUGCACAAUCAAGAUAAAAAUAUGUUGUAAAGAACUGUAAAACUCUGAAUUUUCUUGAAUGCUCCACCAUUCACAAAUCUCACACAUCCAACCCAAUGACCUGACUCAUAGCAAUGAAACAUUCUCAUAAAUAUUUUCUAGGUAUUUACAUCGCUUUGACAAAGAGCUUCAAGAAAUCAAUGAACAGAACAGUAUAAAAGGCAGACAAGGCCGAGCUCAUGCAUCAAGAGAGGACACACUGAGAAAUGUUAUUGAACGGGAAAGGGAGCUAUACAACACUUGUGGAAUAGGUAGGUUA